AAAAAGAAAGAAAAAGGAAAAACGUUAAGAAAGAGACUCACAAAUCACAGCAGGCAAAGGGGGGUGUCGUCCCAUUUUAACCCCUCGAACUCUCAAACUCGUUCAAAGUUCAGGAGGCGUAAACGGAAAUGAUCCAAGGGCUGGAGUCCGUUGAAAGGUGAUGUAUGAAUCCAGCAGCAGGUCUGACAUAUUCGUCUUUUUUUAAAAAACAAAAAUGAUUGCAUAUAUUUUGUGCACCGCGUUGGCAGUCUUGCCCUUACUGAUUUACUUCCGGAAUCCUUAUUUUUUGAAAGAUUUAACAUACACAUUUAUUUCCAUUUAUGUCGGUAUACGCAUGAGUAGAAUCAAGAAAAAGUUUUACAGUAUUUUAGAUCGUUUUCUAGACAAAGUGGCGGAGCAUCCGCAUAAGAAGUUCAUAGUUUACGAGGAAAGCUCCUACACGUACAGCCAAGCCGACAGAGAAAGCAACAAAGUGGCCAGGGCUCUGUUAACGCAUGCCCACCUCAAGCAGGGGGACACGGUAGCCCUCUUCUUGGGCAACGAGCCGUGGUUUGUAUGGAUGUGGCUCGCACUGUCCAAGCUGGGAUGCACAGCGUCCUUCCUCAACGUCAACAUAAGAUCCAAAUCCCUGCUGCACUGUUUCUCCUGCUGUGAAGCCAAAGUCCUGAUCGCUGGCGCUGACCUUCAAGGAGCAAUAGAGGAGGUGCUGCCCACUUUGAAGCAGCAGGGUAUCCUUGUGUUUAUCCUCCGUGAGCACUGUCAUGUGGACGGCAUCGAAAGCCUCUCUGACAAAAUUCAGAUGGAGUCAGACGAGCCCCUGUCCCGUCAGCUCAGGGCCAGCAUUAACAUCAAGAGUCCUGCGGUGUACAUCUACACAUCAGGAACCACAGGGCUUCCAAAAGCAGCUGUGAUUAACCAUGAGAGGGUAUGGAUGCCAGCUUUUGCCCUGACCUUUGCUGGUGUGCGCUCAGACGAUAUUGUCUACAUAUAUCUGCCUCUGUAUCACAGUGCUGGCUUUCUUAUGGGACUUUGUGGAGCUAUAGAAAAAGGCACCACUGUUGUUUUGAGAAGCAAGUUCUCUGCCUCCAACUUUUGGAAUGACUGUAGAAAGUACAAUGUGACUGUCAUCCAGUACAUAGGCGAGGUCAUGCGCUACCUCUGCAACACACCAAAGAGAGACAAUGACAAGGAUCAUAAGGUCCGACUGGCCGUAGGGAACGGAAUAAGGGAAGACACCUGGGUUGAGUUCCUGGAGCGAUUUGGGAACAUUUGUAUCCGUGAAUGCUACGGAGCAACUGAAGGGAAUGUUGGCUUUAUCAACUAUGGUGGGAAAAUUGGAGCUAUGGGCAGAGAACAUUUUCUCUACAAAAUGGCAUGCAAAUAUGCCCUCAUAAGGUUUGACACAGAAAAAGAGGAGCCAGUCAGAGACUCUAGAGGAUUUUGUGUUGAAGUCCCAAGAGGAGAAACUGGUCUGCUUGUGGCAAAGAUUGGAAAAAGAACACCCUUCAGUGGCUAUGCCAAGGACAAGCAGCAGACAGACAAGAAGAAGCUAAGAGAUGUGUUCGAGAAGGGCGACAUGUACUUUAACAGUGGCGACCUUCUAAAGAUUGACGACGAGGGAUUUCUCUUCUUUCAAGACCGCAUUGGAGACACUUUCAGGUGGAAAGGAGAAAAUGUGGCAACCACGGAGGUGGCUGACCACCUGCUCGCAGUUGACUUUGUUGAAGAGGCUAAUGUCUAUGGUGUGAAGGUGCCAGGUAAUAAUGACACUAAAAGCAAGAUUAUUGUGAUGUCAGUGGCUCUCAAACUAGUGGCAUGUAAAUACAUGUGCGUCAUCAAGGGUUGA